CAUGCCACAAUGUAUAUUGAAGUCGCUGAAGGGAAGUGGAGAUGGGUGUCUUGCAGCCCCGUCGACUAAGUGGUGCAGCAGUUUUGCCGACCACGAGCGAUGGCGGAAGGCCUUGCGGUAGUUCGCCUCGGGGGAAACUGCCAGCUGCCCGAGAAACUUACGGAGAAAACAGUGCGAUGCUGGACAGUUCUGUUUUAACCAAGACCCCCGAACGAUUGGCUUCAAGAGAGAAUGAGUAGCGUUGCAACUCUCCAGUGCCAACUGCCUCGGUAGAGCGGUUUCGGACGCGUCUCGAGAGCUUUAGGUCUCACUCUCCCUCCAAGAUGCCCGGAAACAAGAUGUGACGACGUACGUUGCCUGCUCUGCCCGCCACCCAGAGGUCGCGCCAGAAGAAGUCAAAGAUGGCGCCGAGUCGACCGUACGCUCCACCGGAAAAAUAUGAACAUCUGGAGCAGGAGCCAGAUGACCAAUAGUCGCUAAUUCAAUGAAGUCCCGGGUGCACCUCUGCGGAGAUUGGCCACCAUUAUGCACAUUCGACUGAUCAUUUUUGGUUGGAUCUUUGCGAAUCUGGCCUGACAGACGUUCUGCUGUUACCUACUGAUGAUUAUACACUACCUAAUAAAUACA